GCUGGGCUCGGCUGGUGCGUAGUUCAAGCCACGCUGGGUGUAAGGGAGAGGAGACGUUGCUGCCGUUUUCAGUGGAGAUUGUGACAAUUUCCUUGUCGAAAGAUCCAUAUAUCUUUUUUUAAAAAUUAUUAUUGUUUAAGAAUGGGUGUCGAAAUCGAGACAAUAUCUCCAGGAGACGGCAGGACAUUUCCAAAAAAGGGACAGACGUGUGUUGUUCACUAUAUAGGAAUGCUCCAGAAUGGAAAGAAGUUUGACUCUUCCAGAGACAGAAACAAGCCUUUCAAGUUCAAAAUUGGCAAACAGGAAGUAAUUAAAGGCUGGGAAGAAGGUGUAGCACAGAUGAGUUUGGGGCAAAGGGCAAAACUGACCUGUACCCCUGACGUGGCAUAUGGUGCAACAGGCCAUCCCGGAGUCAUCCCAGCCAAUGCCACUCUUAUCUUUGAUGUAGAGCUGCUGAAGUUGGAGUGACAAAGUCCUUAAUUGAUAUUUAAUUGCAAGGCUGUUGAAUGGAAAGCCAAGUGCUAAUGACAUUUCAUACAAUGCAGAAUCUGAAAUGCAGCAAAAUGACUUGCAUCAACAAAUGUUAUGAUGUAACCUGCUCAAACAUACUUCCAGACACCAUAGCAAUACCUAGCUUCAACCUUCCUGACCUAAGGAAAUAGCAUGGAAACAAACACCACAUCAAAAUGAAGAGGAAAAGAUUACAAGAACUAUAAGUUAAAAAUAUUUUUUAAAAAAGCUAGAAACAUUCAUCAGGCCAGGCAGCACCUGUGAAGAGAGAACCCGAUUUACCAUUUCAGAUCAACAUCUCUCAUCAGGACUGGAAAAAGCUAGAGAUAAAACAACUUGGAAAUUGCAGGGAAAGGAUGUGGGAAGGAAAGAACAAAAAGUGAUAGGGUGCAAAAUGCCAUCAUUCUUUUUGUUAUUUAAUUUCUCUUCCCUUCCACUGUACUACGGAUCUUCAUUUUGUUGUUUUCUGUGGAGUAUUUCCAGAAAUUCCUAAUUUAAUUUUGGAUUUAUGGCAUCUACAAUAUUUUGCUUGUGUACUAAUUUCAUCAGUUUGCAACACAUUUUGCAAGGUUAUAUAAUAAAACUUCAUUUUUAAAUCAUUAUGCAUUAAUCAUUUGGCAUUGUACAGUAUAACCAAAUGUGUCUUUUAAAAGAAAAAAAAUAAGUUUGAGUUACUGAUUUUGGAUGUUAAAUAAAAUUUGAAGGGAAUUCCCA